GAAAUUCGUCAUAAGCAGUUGAGUUGAACACUUCGUCCGUUCGUUGGCUGGCGUUACUUUCCGGCACGAACGUUAAUUAAUUAUGAGUUAAUAAUUGAGGGAAAGCGUUUAAUUGAUUCCUUAAUUAAUACCUGAUUUGGCGAGAUUAAAGUGGUUUCAGAGAAGAGAAUAGUGGAAGAAGAGGUGAAAGAUUAAUAUCUGCUGGUCCAACUAGCGAUAUAAAACGGCGUAAAGAAUGAGGAAUUAGUUUUACUACGAAUAAGAAGUCAACAACUAUUAAAUCAAAAUGUCGGUUCACUACAAGUUCAAAGCAGCGUUGGACUUCUCGACCGUCACAUUUGACGGGAUUCACAUAUCCGUCACUGAUUUAAAGAAGGAAAUCAUUGAGCAGAAACGAUUAGGAAAAAAUGUUGAUUUUGAUUUACAAAUUCAGAAUGCACAAACGAAAGAAGUGUAUGCCGAUGAAAACACACUUAUUCCGAAAAAUACGUCCGUGAUCGUGGCUCGUAUCCCAAUCACAGAGAAAAAGAGAUCCGCCGGCGGCCCACCUGGACCAAGUUUUGGGAGAGAAAGAUUCGCACAUCAGCAACGAGCCCAUCUUGCUAAUUUGCCUCCAGCUUCGGCAGGAAAGGGCAUUGACUUGACAUCGAUGGAUGCGACGGAAGAAGAGAAAAUCAAGGCAAUGAUGUCACAAUCCACCGCUGACUAUGAUGUGUCGAGAUACAUGAAAAUCAGAGGACAAACGCAACACGGGAAGAUUCCUGACGGAUACACUUGUUACAAGUGUCAUCAGAGUGGACAUUGGAUAAAAAAUUGUCCAAUGGCGUCGCACGAGGACAAUGUCAAAAAGAGCACAGGAAUUCCGAGGAGUUUUAUGGUCCAUGUAGAUGGUCCUCAAGUACCGGGCGCUCUAAUUACACCGGAAGGCCUAUACGCUGUCCCAGCUAUUGAUCAUGAGGCAUAUUCGGGGAAAGGCAAAUCAGCGCGGAGUGAACCCCCUCCAAAACCCAAGAUUCCGGAAGAGUUGAUCUGUCCUUUGUGCCAAGAUUUGUUGACGGAUGCUCUCCUUGUCCCAUGUUGUGCGACUUCAUACUGCGAUGAAUGUAUCCGGAGUGCCCUCUUGGAUUCUGAUGAUCAGGAAUGUCCUGGCUGUCACGAGAAGGAAACUUCACCAAACGAUUUGAUUCCCAACCGAUUUCUGCGUACUGCUGUGAAUGCAUUUAAGAAUGAGACUGGAUAUUCGAAACCGGUUAAACUGCCCGAUAAGCCACCAGAUCCAGUUGUAUCUCCGCGCAAAGAGGCACAAGAGGCGGCUGCUGCGGAGAGAAAACUUUCAACUUCUCUGGAUCGUUUGGAUGAAUUGCCGGACGACUUAUUUCCACAUUCUCCACGUCGAAUCGACGAAGCAGAUGACGCGAUUGAUUCGAAAGAUAUUUACGAUUUUAACGAUGGUUCAAUUCCAUCGCCAUUCACGAAGGAUGGAGACAAUCCGCAUCCAGCACCCAACAUGCACCCACCACCACAUUCACAACAACAUCAAUUUCACGGGCAUCAUGGCGGUCCACCUUCUCAACAACCAAUGCGAGACUUUAGCCGGCCUCCGCCCAGCUUUCAUGGACCCCCUCCAUCUUACCACGGUCAUCAUGGUGGUCCUCCACAACAACAUGAUAUGCGAAUGUCUGGAGGUCCACCUCCGCAACAGCAACAACAUCCGAGCGGAGGUCAUAACGAACCCCCUCCACCCGGAUUUGGCGAUGUUCCUCCUCCUGGAGAAGAACGUGGCCCACCUCAGCAGAUGAGACAGCAUGGACCACCACCACCAGGUCAUCAUGGAAGACCCGAUGAUAAUCGGGGAGGUCCACCUGGUCAUAUGAUGGGUGGACCUCCAGGUCCAUUUAAUCCGAUGCAACCUCCUCCCGGGUUUCCACAUGGUCCUCCGCCAGGUAACAUGCAGAGACCACCACACAUGGGAGGACCACCUGGGCCCUUUCCCCCUGGACCAUAUCCUCCCCCUCAACAAGGAUACAACCGUCCACCUCCACCGGGUGAGAUGUAUGGACCUGGACCAGGAUCUGGACCAUAUCCAAUGGAUCGACAUCGUGACGACUACAGGGGUCGAGGUCCUCCUCCAUCACGAAGUCGUCCAUAUUUAGGUCGCGACUCUCGGAUUGGAGGGAGAUUUCCGAACGAUGAAAAUCGACCAGGAACUAUUGACGACCCAUUAAAGGAGUUUGAGAGAAUCAUGCGAGAGAAGGAUCGGAGGAAGCAGCAACAGCAACAAAUGGGACUGAAAAAACGUUCCAAUUCUCGUUCGCCGCCUCCCGGUCAUACGCCCCCACUUCGCCGAGCUUCUUCCCGAUCGCCAUCUCCAUUUAUUCGAAAGCGCUCGCUAUCUCCUCCUCCUCUCUCUUCCUCAUACAACACCAGGUCUCCAUCUCCUAAACGCUCACGUAUUUACCCUUUGAAACGUCGAAAUUCAUUUUCGCGUUCACGUUCUAGAACGCCUCCACUUCUCGCGCCCCCACUGCGUCGACCACCCCCUCAAAGAUCUCGGUCGCGUUCCCCGAGGGAUCGAGAACCGCCACCGAGGGAACGGGAACGUUUACGAAGUAUAAGUCCUCACUCGAGGCGAAGGUCUCCCCGCCGAGCCCCACCAUAUUCCCCUUCGCCACCCUCUACAUCGUCGCGAUUCGUGAAGAAGGACCUCAUCAAGGACGAUCCGUACUACGACCAUCACACCACAUCCUCCGGCUCAAGGUUGGAUGAGCGCGACAGGGAGAUGCGAGACCGGGACGGUCGCGGCGACCAUCGGGACCGUGACCGUGAUUCACGCCACUCUUCGAGACACUUGUUACCACCUCCGUCUUCGGGUAGUAAGCAUCACUCUUCUUCGAAAGAGUAUGAAGAGAGCGGCUAUCGAGGGGACAGAUACGUUAGUCCGGCGGGUGGAGGGCGUCACCACGAGGGUCACAGGGAUCGGUAUGACUACAACAAGUCGUCCUCGUCCUCUAGAGGACAUCCCUCUUCGCAUCACCAUUCCCAUCAUUCGUCUCAUCAUCGUGGUCCUUCACCUGGACCUGGGAUGAAUAGAGACAAGACAUCCGGACUAGAAAAUCCUCCUCCUCGGCGAAUUUAUGAGUAUGAACCAUCAGUUCCUCCCCAUGCGGCAGGACAAGAGUCCACGGCAUUGCUACCUACACCAACAACACAACAACAGCAACAAGUACCUCCGUCCCUUUUCGACCUGAACAUUACGCCCCCUGGAGUAAAACCGUACGUUGAUAAUUCAACGGAUCGUGACGUAAAGAAGCCCGUAAUUUCGGAAGAGGCGAGCACUAAGGUUGUCGCUGAAGUGGGAGGAGUAGGAUUGAGUUCACAGGAGGAGAAGAAGGAACACAAGCGUAGAAAGUCGUCCGAGGAGAAGAAGCUGAAAAAAGAGAAGAAGAAGCACAAAAAGGAAAAGAAGGAGGAGAAAAAGAAGGAAAAAUCAAAACGGAAAAGGAGCAAGGACGAUCCGGCCGAGAUGAUCCCGUUGGACGUGCUUGGUAUCACGGUAGCAGAGUCGCUCCUUCCACCACAAGCAUUAGCAAUCGGGGCAACGGGGGUGUUAGAUGUGGAUAAGACGGUAAAGUUGACUGCGCCAUGUGAUUCAACUGUGAAGUCGCCUGAUCGCCCCGUUAGUGCGGAUGGGACGGGCAUCCUUAAACAAGAAGGGGGUGAGAUGACGGGAAGAGAUCUUGGGGACAAAUUAUUGGGAGGUGACGAAUUCCCUAGUGAUAAUAACUCGUCGAAACCCUUGGUGCCAAUUCCUGCUUCGAAAUGGGAUCUGCUUGACGAUGAGGGAGAUGGCAACAUGACGGCUGAUGUAAUGGGUGACACCUCACUUAUUGGGUCAGAGGAGAAGCACGAGACCAAAGUUCCUAUCGAUGUGUUGAGACGAGCUGAAAACGUCAUAUUUGAUAAACUCACUCCUGUCACGGUUCAAUCAAUCAGUGUGAGUGUUACUGACGCUGGAAAUGGAAAGUCUAAAAAAGUUACUCUGACAGAUAUUGGUACUUUACCCCCGGAAAUGGAUGCGUCGGAUGACGUUGGCACCGACGACGAUAAGGGAUCGAAAGGGUUAUCUUCAGCAGUGUACAGAAAACCAGUCAGGGAUCGUCUCGGUUAUAAAGUGUCAGAGGAUGAAGCUCUCAGGUCGAAAGAUGAUCGCAGAGAUUUGGACAAGGACGCGAGAGAACAACGCGAAGAGAAAAAGUAUGCUCGUCCUGCAGCAGGAAGACCGAGGUCCAGAAGUCGAUCCCCCAUUCCAGCGAAACGACUCCGUGAGCGGUCUCGUUCCCCAGAACAACGGCGCUCCGAGAGAGAAAGACUGCCCGACCUGAGACCAUCUGACAGAGAAAUACGUACACGACCACGGAGUCGUGAUAGGAUUUGCGAUGAUCGGGAUAGAGAUAGAAUUCGUGACCGGGAAAGGGAUGUAGAAUUUAGGGAUCGAAAUUCACGAAGAUCCCGCAGCCGGGAGCGUGAAAGAGAGCGAGAAUCAUUACGUGAACGAGACAGACGACGUUCGCGUUCAAGAAGUCCUCGUCGACUAGAUGACCGGCGUCGACCUCCGGCAUCAUCAUCCGCACCUCAACCUCUCUUUUCGAUACAAGUCUCUCGCAGUAGUUUGCGUGGGAGAAGCCCAGACCGUCGAAACCGGGACCGAGGGGGUGAUUCUUACAGUAGAAACGAAGAUACGUCUGGUGAUCGUGGUCGGCGUCGAGUCGACGACGCAACCAGAGAGCCCACUCCUCCCGGGGUGGAUAAGCUCAGCAAUAACACUGGGAAGUCCCUCAAGGAUUCCAACAAGUCGCGUAGUUCUGACACAUCACAUGACGGGGCUUCCGGCGUGGCUGCCGCAUUUUCCAAUCCUUUCCCCGGUGGGAGGAAGGGAAAACAAAGAAUUAACAUUAAACUGUCCAGUACGGCGAAACUUGAGCGAGAAAGCAGCUCGUCCAGCGAGGAGCAUGAAGAAGAAGAGAAUGCAUACGCCCAACAACCACAACUCGCCACACCGUCACUCUUCAUCCCAGACAUUGCUGCCCCCAAUAUCCUCCCACAACUAGUCCCCGCGUCUGAACUUAAGUCUGAAAAAUCUGAUGAGGAUUCAUCCACCAAGAAGAAAAAGAAGACCAAGAAACGCAAGUCGGAUUCGUCCAGUUCGUCUUCGUCCGACUCUUCAGACGAGAAGCACAAAAAGGCCAAGAAAGGCAAGAAACGUAAGAAGAAGAAGAAGAAGAAGAGCAAAUGAUAGUGUUUUCUUUUUAUACAAAAUCGUAGUAUCAAAUGUGUCAAAAAAUCUAAUUCAUCAUUUUUUUUGUCGACUUUCCUCACCGACUGCUAGUUACUGAUCAAUUAUCAUUAUUUGUUGUAUUAUUUUUCUUUACGACAUGGACUGUCAAAAAAGUACGUGUAUUGAUCAGUUGUCGGUUGGAUGAUUCAUUAUCAAUACUCUAAAAUGUUACUUUAUUAUUAUUAUUUGAUUAUUAUUAUUUCUUUCCCUUACUGAACAAACGAAUGGAUAAAAAAACACGUAUGAUAGAUAAUAUUUUGGUACCAAAUUUAAUCAAAUUCUUACAGAGAACAUUUAAUUCCAUAAUUCGAAAUAUCUACUGUACCAAAUUGCAAGUUUAUCAGUACAUGCAUCGCUUGUUAGUUGUAAUUUUGCUAACAUAUUCCAACGAAUUCUUACAUAAAUCUAUUCAGAAAUGCAGUAAAUGAAUUAAUUAGUUUAUAGCAGUUAAGUAUACUUGUUAUACUACUUAAUGAUCACCCAUAUCAUUGUUACGUUGAUUAUUAUGUGAUUGUCAAUUGUUGUUGUGUUAUGAAAUAAAUAAGUAGAAAAAUAAAACAAAGAAAAAAAUUGGA